CAAAGCAGACAAAUGGAAUCUGCUGUGGUUUUUACCAGAGCUUUUGAUCCAGGAACAAAAGUACAGAUAAAUUGGCAUUAGAAUAGCGAAGAGGAAAUAAAGCAUUUAAAUGAGUGUGUCUCUCAGCUGCUGUCCAGUCAUGGUUCCCUUUGAGGACGUGCUGUUUCAGGUGAGAAAAGUUUUACAGGUUAGCCCUGGCCUGCUACACAAUCUUCUCAGAGAGCUCCACGAGGCCAACGUCUUUUCUACCAAGUAUUACCAGUCUCUCUAUGAAGAUGGUGAAGUUGAAGAGCAGCGUUUGUGUGAAGAUGUCUGUAAUGAUGGAGAAUAUCUGGCCAGAAGACUCUCUUUACCUAUCUGGCAAAACUGGGACAUCAGCCAAAGCAUCCUGGAUUCAGCUCUCAGAAAACUGGACGAUUUGGUUCCUUCUGAUGCUGAAUUGCCAGAUAUUGUCUCAGACCCAAUGUCUGAACUCUUACCUGAUAAUGUCCUCCUAGAAUAUCUUGAGUCCAUUCAGAGUGAAUCUGAAGAAGCUUUUGAUCCCAACUUCCUUGAUAACCUCAGUUCUCUAUUUGACCCUGACACAAUUUGCUCACAAACAAGCCUAGGACUAGGCCAAGAAAAUGCUUCUUUGACAAACAAAAGGUCAAGAAAGCGAAAAGUUGAUUCACCUUCAAACAAAACCCGCACAGAUACUGAUGGCAAACCCUUGUGCAAACGCAACAAAAAAGCAACAGCGUGCACUGAAAGCCCCUCAAGAGGAAUAACACCCACCAUUCCAUCCCAGGGUAGUUUCCAGUUGAGCUCAAACACAAUUCAAAAUAUUUUACAUAUUCCAUUCAGACACCUUCCUCUGCCCUCUAGUGGUGGUUCAGCACUACAGUUCAUCCACAACAUCUGCCCUUUAACGCCCCCUCUGAUCGGCACUGUGGUUCCGACAUGGCCCACGUACGUGCUUGUGUCGCCCCAACAUGUGAGUCCAGGCCCUCAGAUACUUCCACUUUCACCUGCUGAUGGCACAGUUGCCCCACCGGAGCUCACGGUUUCAGUGCUCCCAGUCGGCUCAUCCUCAGACCGUGCAUGCAAGAGUUUGCCAUCAGUAUCUGUAGACACACUAUCUCCUAUAAAAGAAGGAAACCCACAAAAUAACACUGAUUCCCCACCUUCCAAAACCGAAAGGAAAAUCCGUCCAGAAGCACCAGAAUGUGUUAAAGAUUACAUACAUCACGUAAAGUCCCACAUGAGAGAUGUCUGCUGCACUAUGCGUGGGGGAAUGGGAAUGGAAUCACACUACGUGGAUGUGCAUCUGAUCCAGAGGAAACUCCUUAUCAAAUCUGGCAAGAAUGCAAACAAGUGCUUAGAAAAAGAGCUGGUCAUCCUCAGUGAUUCAGAGCGAAAGAAAGCAAAGUUGGACAGAAGUCAGGUGUUUUGUAGCAGUGAUUCCAGACCUAAACAAUCUGUCGCUCUCCUCGGAAAAGCCGGAGUGGGGAAAACCACGUUCAUUCAGCGUUUAUGCUUGGACUGGGCGAGCGGCAGCCUGCCUCAAUUUCAGUUUGUUUUUUUGCUGAACUUUAAAAUUUUUGACCUCACACAAUCUAACCACAGCUUGAAAGGGUUACUGUUUGAUUUGUCUACAUCCCCCUGCUGUGAGGACUCAGAUUCUGUGUUCAAACACAUUCUGUCCUGUCCGGAUGAAGUUCUCAUUAUCUUUGACAGCUUUGAUCACAUUAAAGACUUUGAGGGGCUUCUUCAGUCCCCUGCUAAAUCACCAACAGACACUAAAUACACCAUCAAGCAGCUUUUUUCGGGUUUGUUCCAAAAGGAAAUCCUCUCGGGCUGCACGGUUCUCAUCUCCACAAGGCCUAAAGAUGUUUUAAAUCAGGUGCUGCGAAAAACCGACUGCCUUUUGGAGCUUGGUGGCUUCUCUCCUGAAGACAUCGAGUUGUAUACAUCAAAAUAUUUUGGGGAUUCUUCCCUCCAAGGGAGUGCACUAAAAAAGAUUAAGAAUCAAAGCUACAUAUUCAGUUUAUGCUCCAACCCGCUACUUUGUUGGACCACCUGCUUCCUGCUCGAGCACCAAGACAGUCGCGGUGAUAGUUUGCCUUCAACCCUCACAGACUUGUACCACAGAGUGACCUCCAAGCAUCUGCAAUUGGCUAUUCUUGGAAACAGCUCAUUAUGUAAGAAGAAACAGCCCGACAUUCCACAAUUGUGCAAAAUGGCAUGGGAGGGAUUCAAGAAUCACAAUACACAUGUAAACCCUGGCAGUUCAACUGAGCUGCUGAGCUGCGGUCUUAAAAGUGGCAUACUUGUAUCCUACGAAACAUCUGAACGCCAAGAAAACCACUUUGCAGACCUCUUCACUCAGAACCUCCUGAGCGCUUUGCACUUGGUGCAAUCUAAACAGGUGAAUGAAAAAAUGGUGGUGGCAAACUGCAUAGUCCAGCAGAAGAAACGAAAGGUUCAGGGAGAGUCGCAGGACGUCUUGCAGAGGUUUGUCACUGGAUUGGUCUUCCAGACGGCACCUGAUAGAGGAAGCAUCCUGUCCAGCAGUGUCAACAUAAAGGCCAAAAGAAAGGCUGUUGAAGCCCAUCUGGAGAGAAUGAAGCCUAAAGAUUUGGUUCCUGCCAGGUUAUUAGAACUGUUUCAUUGUGUUUAUGAGACCAACAGAGCCAAAUUUGCCAAACUGCUGUUAAAAAACCUGCCUGAAAAUCUGUCAUUCUGUGGGGCGCAGCUUUGCCCUUCAGACGUGUAUGUGAUAUGCCAUCUCCUCCAGCAUGCCAGCGCAAUGAAGCGGACCUUCUCCAUUAACCUGCAAGAUACAUGCAUUCCCAUCAGUGGCCUGAAAGAGCUUGUGGGACUCAAAUGUAUCGAAUCAUUCUGGGCACAUACAGCAGACACCAUUGGCUUAUGGGAGGACUUGCAUCAAAGCAAUGAUGAACUGAACCUGAAAAAAGCCAUUGAGAAAUUCACCUUGAACCCAUUCAAGGCAACACAAGUCUAUCACAUAGAGAGCCUGCCUGGCCUUGUCCGAAUUCACAGAGAGAAGAAGUUACCAAUGAGUGAAUGUGUUCCUGCACUGGAUGAAGGUGUACCAGCACUCCAGCAUCUGCAGAGAUUAGAAUUUGAGCUUGGGGUCCAGAAUGGUCCAGAACUUUUCCCCAAACUCAUCGAGGUCCUACCUUCUCUGCAGUCUCUCCAACAUCUUGAUCUUGAGAAAAACCAAAUAGGAGACUCUGGAGCUGAGAAACUAUCUGGCGUUUUACAGUUUUUGACAUGUCUGAAAUUGCUAAAUCUGUCUCAAAACUUAAUUGGAGAUGUCGGUGUGGAGAAACUGGCUAAAGCUCUGGCCUCAAUCCCUUCUCUACAGAGUCUCAGUCUGUAUGGAAAUGCGAUUGCUGACAGUGGAGCUGAACACCUGGCCUUGGUUUUACCAGACAUGAAAUUCCUGCAGGACUUGGAUGUAAAGUUCAACAAGUUCACAGAUACUGGAGCUACAAAGCUCAGUGCUGCUCUGAAAAACUGCAAUGGAAUGAAGUCUUUGGAGCUGUGGAAUGACUGCAUUCCAUAUGGAGUUUUUGAACACCUUCGUCUUCAAGAUUCACGGAUAAGAUCACUUUGACACAUUUUUUAAUGGCUACAUAAUAGACACUGUUACAAUAAGCGAGGAUUUUUGUUUUUUUACAAAAGCAUCAUUACCUAUACAAUUCAUUAGUUCAUCAAUAUUUGCCAGAGGACACUAAACUGCUUCAAAAAGUUGUUCAACUCUCUUACUGAAAUUACUUUACAUGUGACUUGCACUUUCUGAAUUUUUUGUGGAUAUACUGUUUCUCAGCACUAAAGCUACUUAUUGUUGUUGUUGUUUUUUUUACAAUAAACAAGUUCUAUGA